CCAUGUCUCGGACGGCCCCUCGCACAACUUCGCUGCUGUGCUGCCUCUUCCUCCUACUUCUUAAUGCCCCGUCGGUCUUGGCCGUACUGGGGAAUAAGUGGGAGGCAACCAACUUCUGCAAAUGCAUAUGCUUUGGAUCAAACUACACCAUCCUCCGGAUGGACAUCCCUGACGACCCGAGCAAGCCGUGCCUGUCAUGCACGAAGCUCUGGUGUCAACAGCAGAACCUACCUAGGUGCGCGGGUGCCUCCAUCGGGGACGCCAACCCCGAUACUGCCACCGGCAAAGAGGGGGACAUCGAGGCUCGUUGUUUCCAGCGUGACUCUCCCCGGGACCAGCUCGUCGUCACUCUCUUCCUCCUAACGGUCUUCGGCCUCCUUCUCGGCGCCGGCAUCAAGGGCAGGAUGCUCAAGGCCGGCUUCGACACGACCCUGCCGUGGGCGAACAGCAGGCGGUGGUGGGAGGCAUUUGUUCCCCAACGGCAGCCGGAGGAUAUCCGGCUCAGCGAUGCGGGCCACUCGCGCAAUGCUGCCGCCAGGGACCAUCGGGGAGACUAUAUCAGCGUAUCCGACUCACCGCCGAACGCGUGAUGCGCAGCGUGGAGGACUAUGUUCAGGGUCGGACUGGACGCUAUAGGUACAGCUGUAUCAUAUUUCGCGCUACUUUAGCAGCUAGAUGCUCUAAUCA